UGCACACUAUUCGCAACGCAUUACAGCCAUUCAUUUGUCCAUUGCAAUGUACUACCGCGAAGUGAGAGGAUCUGAGAUCUUCUAUACCAAGUACUAUGGUCCGCCAACUGAAAAGGAUACCUUGGCUGCCAAGAACCCUUUUGAAAUGAUGGACUAUGCCUUAAAAUCCCCGGAGCACCUAACUUCCGCCCAUUCAUACACAAAGAAUAACCACUGUCAAUGCUAUGAAAUCGCAGUCGAUAUCUGUUCUGAGCCACGUGUUCGUGUGAAGGGUCUAGACCGUUGUUGGGAGUACCAGAUCCAAUCUACCGUGAAUGCUCCGCCAACUCCUGGAGAGAUGCGAGUCAUUGAAUUUCUCAAGGUUUACACUACGCGUAUGUAUUCAGAAGAUAAGAUUGAAGGACUAAAGAAGUGGACGGAGAACGUAACUAAUGUACUAGACUUUCCAAUUCAUACGAUCAACUUCUCACUGGACGCCUUUCCCCAGCAAAACCGAGAAAUCAUCGAUUGGCUUGCCAAAAUUAGAAAGGACAUUCCAGACGUUAACAUUUUCGGGAGCAAUGUGGUAAAUGAAGAUUUGCUCUAUUUACUCCAAACUGUCAAUAUCACCGAUAGCGUCGAGUUCCACUUGGAUACCGCUGAAAUAUUUCCUUACGACAUCCCAGUCCGCGCCAAGUACUUCUUGAGCUCUCAAACAAAAUGGAUUAGCAUCAAGCAACUUAUGAAGCUGGAGUGCACUGAUAUCAUCGCAAACGACACUGAUUUCACUGACGAGGAGCUAAGCACGUUCAUUUUGAGUUGGAUGAAAAUGGAAACAAAUGAGAAUUUGACUUCUUUGAUGACUCCGAUCAAGUCCCCUAAGGCGGUUCUUAGCAAGUUACCUCAUGUGAUUGAUGCGAAGGGUAACGUUAUUCUGACGCGGGAUAAUGAAAAGAGAGUCUGUUUCUACAUCUUGGAGAAAAAUGGACUGAAAAAGCUCAUAAUGAGAUAAAAUUUUAAAUAUUUUUUUGGCGAAUAGUAGAUAUUUUUUUCAUUGUAUUUAUGCUUUCCGAAAAACAAGCUAUGUAUGUUUCUCUUUUUAAUUUUCGUGAUAUAACACUCUUCUUAAAGUUUACUAUUUCAAUUCACAUAUGCCAAAAAGUGUAAAUUCUGAAUAUCCUUUUAUUACAAUAAACAUGUUCACCUACUCUUGCAAC